AUGAACAAAGAGAGGCAGUAUGGAGGCUUUUCUGCCUACGUGUCUGCAACCUUAAUCCUUGUCUUGGUACUAGUAUGGUCCCUUCUCCCGCAGAGCAUGAUAAAGGGCCACACAAUGGAGAUGUUAUUUGAUGUACUACCACAACGAUACUGGGUAAUAGUAAUACAAUGUUUCAUUCUCAUGCUGAUGCUUUUCACAUACAUUGGAAUGUUACUUUACAAUACAGAAGUGCUAACUGCCCCACUUGAUAAUGUAAGAACAUUUACAGAUUCUCAAGGCAGAAUGGUUGAGUAUAAAAACCAAUCGGAGUUGCAAUGGUAUUUCCACCACGAAACCAGUGGUGUUAUGGACUUACCAGUGAAUGAGGUGAGUAGAUUGCUUUAUCUACACGAUCAAAAGCUAUAUGACGAUGGUGAUGACGAAUAG